GCGCCUACCGUCGCGCCAGAGUCGCGUCCUUUAUCCUUCUCUUCUUCCUGACCACUCCAUUCGAAUCCUCCUCACCGAGGAAGCGGCUCCUAUGGCGCUGCCUCCUCCAUUGUUGCCGCGCUCGUCCUGUAUCUGCAGAGGCGUCACCCAUGCCACCCGACACAAGUCCACGACAACCGUACCAGAUGCGUCCUCGUCUUCCGCCACGGCGCAGUACUCGCUGCUUCGCGCACAUACGCGCGCCGGCCGAAUGGAGCCCGCGAGGCAGGUGUUCGAUGCAAUGCCGCCGCCGGCCAGGUCCCUCGUUGCCUGGACCGCUAUAAUGUCCGGGUACGCCACACAUGGCCCCGCGUCUGAGGCGCUGGUCCUGCUCCUCCGCAUGAUGGCGUGGUCACUGAGGCCCGACGGGUUCGUCUUCUCAGUUGCGCUUCGCGCCUGCGCGGCCAUUGGGAGCCAAAGAUUUGGAAGGCAGCUCCAUUGCGCCGCUGCCAAGAUGGGAUACGUGGGGGCCGACCUCUUCGUGGCAAACGGCCUCCUCACCAUGUACGCAAGCUGCCGAUCGCUAGGUUGCGCCGAGAAGGUGUUCAAUGGCAUUGCCACACCUGAUUUGGUUUCUUGGACUUCCAUGCUCAGCGGCUACACUGAGAACGGCUGCCAUGCCGAGGCGGUAAUGCUGUUUGUGGAAAUGGUCCACGCCGGCAUUAGGUGUGAUGCGUUCACGCUGUCUGUUGCACUCAGGGCAGCUUCUAGUUUGGCCAAUCUAAGUUUGGGACAUCAAUUGCACUGCUGCAUCAUCAAGUUAGGGUUCUCUAACAGUGGGUUCUUGGAGAACUGCCUGAUCGAGUUCUAUGGGAAGUCCAGUGAACUGCACCUGAUGCAGAAGGUGUUCGAUGACAUGGAUGACAAGGAUCUAGUGUCUUCCAAUACUGUUAUCCAGUGCUAUGCAGAUAACAUGUGUGAUGAGCAGGCCUUGUCCCACUUCCGUGCUAUGAUGUUUGAGGGCUCAGAAUGCGAUGAGUUUACAUUGGGUAGCAUUCUGCAUGUUGUUACCAGAAGAGGAGCUUUCGAUUAUGGUAUGGAAAUACAUGGCUACCUCAUUAGAGCAGGUCUGGAUUCAGAUAAGCAUGUUAUGAGUGCCCUCAUGGAUAUGUAUGUCAACUGGGCCACUCUUCAUAAGGCACAAUGUGUGCUUCCUUUGAGAAUGCUACGAUACCAUUUGCUGGUUCAGGGAAAGUUUGACCAGUUCAUCGUGGCCAGUAGUUUGAGGUCAUGUGCUUCUGAUCUAGAUUUAGCAGCAGGAAGGAUGUUACACGCCUACAUUUUGAAGCUUAACAUGAAUUCAGACGCCUUUGUCACAAGUUCGCUGGUCGACAUGUAUGCGAAAUGCGGUUGUUUGGAGGAAUCACAUCUUCUGUUUUCAACAACCAAGUAUCCAGGUACAGCCGAAUGGUCUGCAGUAAUCUCAGGCAACUGUUUGAAUGGCCAGUUUGAAAGAGCACUGCAUUUAUUUAGGAGGAUGCAGUUAGACCAUGUGCGACCUAAUGAAUUCACUUAUACUUCUGUACUUACAGCUUGUAUAGAUCUUGGGGAUGUCGUAGGUGGCAUAGAGAUCCAUGGUAACUCUGUCAGAAAUGGUUAUGGAACACAUGCUUCUGUUGUGAAAAGCCUGAUCAGCUUUUACUUGAGAGAAGGGCAGUUCCACCAGGCCCUUAAGCUGUGCUUAUCACUCUCAAACCGUGAGAUUUCUUGGGAUACGCUGGUUAAAGAAUUUUCUCAAGCUGGUGAUCAUAUUGGAGUACUUAAUCUUUUUCAUGUUAUCCAACGUUCUGGCGGGGUUCUUGACUACCCAACUGCAUGUCACAUCUUGACUUCUUGUGGAAAGUUGAAACUUCUUUGUGAAGGGCUUCAAGCACAUGCCUACCUUACUAAGCGUGGCCUCGCCUCUAAACCUUGUAUCAGCAGUCACCUUAUUGACAUGUACUCCAAGUGCGGUACCGUCAAAGAUGCAUUUGAUGCCUUCAGAUAUAUGUCUGACAAGAAUGCUUCUUGUUGGACUUCAGUAAUCAUAGCUCAUCUAGAAAAUGGCUGUCCAGAGAUAGCCAUUGACCUGUUUGUGCAGAUGUUAAGAAAAGAAAAAAUACCAACUUCACUCGCAUUCUUAUCUGUACUGAAGGCCUGUGCAGAAGUUGGCCUUGUUAGUGAAGCCUUCCAGUUCUUUGUGUCGAUGACUGAGGUGUACAAAAUACAACCUUCAGAAGCUCACUACUCCCAUAUGAUUGAGGUUUUGGGUCGCGCCGGAAUGUUCAGGGAAGCAGAGCAUUUCAUUAUUAGUGUAGUCCCUUCAGAAUCUAGUGCUUCAGCCUGGAGUUUACUUUGUUCUGCUGCUAAACAAAAUGGAAACACCAGAAUCAUGAAGCUUGCAAUGGACAAACUUGCAAGCCUUGUUCCAUGUGAUUGUUGAGCAAAAUGCUUCACUUGAAAGGCCAUAUGGCCCAUAUGCAUCAUUGACGAGUUACUGGCACCACCAAUAACGAGUUAUGCUUUUAACUUGUCAGCUUGUAGGUUGCCUACAGUGACAAUGGCAUGUGAAGUGGACAUUAUGAAUUUACAAUUGUAGACUGCUGUAUAUCUGUAUAGGUAUUGUAUUUUGCAGUUUACAUGAUGUACAAUUGUACAUAAGCUCCUGUGUAUUAUAUACGAUUUCGAAGUUAUAAUCAAAAGUACAAGAUUCUUUGAGUUA